AUGGCCCAUCUCCAGGCGGUAGUGCUGGGAAGCACUAUCGCCGCUUCGGCUGAUGAUGCUGCUACGAAAACCAAUCUAGACUUUCCUAUUUCUAUGGCGACCCUACCAUCCAUUGAUGUCGCAUUACGAGGCAAACUUUGCGAUUGCUUCGAUCUUGUCAAUGGACGCAUCGUAAGCGAUAAAACACUGACGCUCCUGAAAAAGCCAUUCAUCAACGCAACCGAUCUUGCACUAAAAGGCGACACCGUCAAAGGACAUGGAUUCUUCUUCUACCCACCGCUAAGCAAAUUUGAGACGGACCUCAUGAUGGGUCAUCCCGGCCACGGAUGUCAGCAAGUGAUGUUCGACAUGAAGAACAGAAUUGCCUUUGCCUACGUGACAAACGGACUGAAACUGGGCGUACAUGAGCUCUGCCGUAAUUACGCCAGGCUACAGAAGACACUCUACGAAGUUCUGGACACUCUGGCA